GCUGACAGAAGGGUCAUUUCCCAGCCUGCACUCUUUCACAGAAGUCAGUUUUGCUUUUCUCUAGCAUCAGUUACGCAGCGGACAACAAUGGGUGUGAGGACGGUUGUGGUUCUGGCUGUGUUACUGGGGGUGACUGGGAGCCUCGGCGUGACGCUCGGACCAGAGACUACCUGGAAUACAGACGUGACGGCUCAUCCCAACAGCGUACCUGAGACUGUAGAGGAAAUGGGGCAGAAACAAGAAUUACCAGAGGAGAAGGUGGAGGAGGAAGUGAUGGCAACUGGCAAGCUGAAUCCCAACCACUACCCUGCUCAGAGAGCUGCCAAGGUGGUCCAGCACUACCUCAACGCCCAGUACGGCUCACCCUACAGGCUGUUUGGACUGCAGAAGGUCCACAGCGGGGACGCUGAGGAUGUGGCAGACUCCGGGAGAAAGUAUCAGCUGGAGAUUUCAGUGCACGAGAUUAUCAGCAACGCUGUGCAGAAAUGCUCUGCAGAGGUUUUCUUUCCGAGAGGCGAGACGCCGCUCUCGGCCCAAGUCCAGGUCUCGUGUGAGGAGCUCUUAAGCAUCAACACUACGGCUCAAGAAGAGGCCUUGUACCAGCAGUACAAGACCAACCAAACCCUGCAGUCUGCGCAGAAAUUGCCUGACAGCUACGGUCACAUUGCGGCGGACAUGAAACCUCUCUGGCACCUGGGCAUCAUGGCCUCCAGCCACGUCAUGCUGAACGAAUCCACUGAGGAGACUCUGUACAACAUGGCUCAGGUGGCCAACAUCACGCAGCUGGAAACUGAGAAUGACCAGCUUCAGUUUGACGCUCACAUACUGCUGCAUGAGAUGGUGUCCCAGGAAAUCAUUCACUGGAAGCUGCUGUUCACUUGGUCUCCAGCAGAGGGAACUAAAGUGCUUCAGAUGGAGAAGCUGCCUCACUGCCACGACUGGGAAAAGCCUCCCAGCACAGACUAAACUGCCACCGCUGCCACAACCGCGCCUUGUAUUCAGAUACUGGAGGGUGAAUGCGUUCACGGUGAUGCUACAACCCUCUACAAUGAUGUACUGUAGAUUCUUGCAGCACAAACCUUUUGAAAUACCUAAUGGUGGAUUUUAUACUCCACAAAUGUAAUUAAACGUUCAUUUAUAUGAGUAAAUUUUAUCCUUAUUUUUUUGCCUCAUUAAAGUGUCAACACGGUG